UAGUUAGUUAUGGCAACACAAAAUUGUACUUCAGGUUGAUUUCAAUACAAUACUUGCUUGAAAUUAGUUGAAUAGAAUUUCGUUUAAAAUUUUAAAAUGUAUACAGUGUCUAAAGGACCCAGCAAGAUUGUAGCUAAAACUCGAAGAGGUCUCACUCAGAAUUUAGAGAGAUUAGACAACCGUAAAGAGUCUCAUAGGAAAUCUUCAGACUCCGACAAUGGGGAAAUUCUAAGCAUGCCUAAGCCAGUAUUUCAUUCCAAUGGAAAAAAGACAGUACAUCAAAGAAUACAGCACAAUGUGAUCACACCACAGCAUGAAGAAAUGAUUAGAUAUAUAAGCGAAACCUGGACACAAACAUCCAAUGCUGAUAGCGAGCCCUCCACACCAACAAGUACAAUUGGCUCCGGCAGUUCAUCUCCAGCUCCGUCAACCCUGUACUAUCAGGAUCCACCGAGUGCCGAACUAGAAAACUUCACGCCCUUUGACCUCGAGACCUGGUGGGGAAAACGUCUCUUCCACAACAUAACCAAUUCAAUAUAGAAAAUAUCGUAAGUACAAUCAAUUGCAAAUUACUAAAUUUUAUAAAUGUUUACAUUAAAUAUUUUUGUGGAGUUUUCAUGAGUAUGAUCUGUACAGGGAUGCUUUAAGUUUAGUAAUAUACAGUUGAUUGUGGAUCUCAGUUAUGAUGUUAAGGAAAUUUUCCAAAGCUCAAUUAUUUGCAACUGGCUUUGCAUUGAACCAAUAUUCUUUAAGAUUGUUGUUUUAUUUGGAUGUUUUGUUCCUGUUAUUUGCCUUUAAAUGUAUAUUGUACCGCAGACUAUACUGACAUGAAGUACCAAAGAGUUUUUAAUCAAAUGUAACCAAAUAUUACAGAUCAUGUUAUUUUUAUUAUGUACAUUGUUAAAUUAUUUAUAUAUACAUCAAGCAAUAUUAAACGAAAUGUAUUGUUAUGUACUCGCUUAUACAUAUAAACUAUCAUCACAUUAUAUCUGUUGAACCAUUGCUUAUUUAAUCUGUAGUUAUUGAUAUUAUACAAGUGAGAAUGAAAUAGGUUCCUAGAAAGAAUUUUUAGUUUAACAAUUUGGAUGUAUAAAUUUAGAAAUUGUUCGUUUAAAGUUUCUAAUUUUUCAUAAUGUAUUUGUAUGUAUUCAAGACAAUUGACACAGAUAAUGUAUUUAUAUUUAGAAACGGCAUUAAUGUCACAAUAAAUUAAUCACAAACAGUACGAGAUAUUGAAGCAAUAAAAUAUUGUAUUAUAUGAAAGCAUUGUUUUGUUUGUGACAUAUAUACACACAAUGUACUCUGCCUAUGUACAAUAUUGAUAUAUAGCGGUUUUUGUUUUACAGAUUUUAAUAAUUUUGUUUUAUAUAAUUGUGUAAGACAAAAUGUGCAAUAUUAAUGAUUUUACCGAACGAACAUUGUAUAUAAAGUCCAAAGUCACAUUCAUGAUAGCUACGACUCGAGUAACCUAAAUAGUUUUUCUGUGUAAUAUAAAAACGUAAUUAUACUAUCAUCACAUUUUUUAUACAGAUUUGUACAGUUGUUGAAUAAUCAGUAUUUUAUUUUGUUACUUGUUCCAUAUAAUGUAGUUGUUAUACUUUUUAGCUUCUAGCGCUCCAAGUGCAAAAGUCUUCCAAUGUUGGUGAAUAUUUUUUUUUUUAAAUCUUUGGAAUAUUGGUUUUGUUAUGUACUCAGCUGUAUUCAUACAGAUAAUAAAUUGCAGAUGAUAUAAAAUAAUUUACAUGAUAUAUUGAAAUUUACAUAAAUUUAUUUAUUAUGAAUAUUAAAAAUCCCUUGUAACUUAGUAAAUAACCAUCGCAAAAUGGUAAGCUUUACAAGUUAAUGGAACUGAAGAAAAUGCCUAAAAUAUUUGAAAAUUAAUGUACUUGUAAAUAAUUAUAGAAGAUUCACAAUAAAAAUGCCUGACCUGCAACUAUGUUAAAAGUAUAUAAAUACAAUACAGAUAAUUAUUUGUAUGAAUACCGUAUAAAAAGCUUACAUUAUGUAACAGGAUAUUUAUGAAAUUUCUAUAUUAAUAAUUUCAUGUUAGAGCCGAUAAAAGACGUAUCUUUGUUGUAAAUAACUUGAAAGCACCAUAGUUUUUAACAUUUUAGAUUGAAUAUAUGUAGUUAUAGCAGGAGGUAUAAUAUAUUUAGACUGAUUUAGUUAUUAAAAGUUAUGCUUUUCGUUGUAGUUGAAUAAACCACCUGACAAAGUUAA